UUUAGAAAAUACCCUCAGAAGCUCACUUCUUGGUACCUCUCUCUCUCUCUCAACCCUAAGCCUUCCAUUUCUCUCUCACCUUCCUAGCGUCCUACUUGUGCUUGUGCGGCUAGUUCAUGGAGAACCGCUCCUUCGACCACGUCCUGGGCUGGCUCAAAUCCUCCUGGCCCAACAUCGACAACGAAUCCAAUCCCCUCUUCGUCUCCUCCCCCUCCUCCCCCACAAUCCCCCUCACUGACAUCAACGGCCCGACAUCGACGUCGAUCCUGGCCACUCCUUCCAGGCCAUCCAUGAGCAAAUCUUCAGAUCCAACGACACCUUUUCAUGCUCUAUUUCACAUGAGAGAAUUUAGGAGAGAGGAGAUGAAAAGGCAUUCGAAGUUGAUUUUUUUUUAAUUUUCUUUUUUCUUUUUGGUUGGAACGUGAAACGUUCAAUGACUUUUUGGUCGUACAUGUCUCCUUCUACGACUUCAACAUCCAAAGCUAGCAGUGGAGUUGCAAGGAUGUUGAAGGAUCUCUCUCUUCGUUGUCAAGAGGUACAUACAAUUUCUGCUGUCAUGAAAGGUGAUGAUGACACUUUUGUUAGAGUGGAUGCCGUUAUCGAUGAAGCAAGGAAGGUUCCAGAUGGUACGAGCUUUUAUAUUAGGAAUAUAAAUUACUACCACAAACCCUUUCGCUAUGGGAAAUGUACUGUGACAUAUGAAAAAAUGCUAGCAACCCCCUUCAACCAUAGGUCAGUUGGUGAAAACCACUCCUUGAUUUAAAACUCGGUCACAAGUUAAGACUUCUUGAACUUACCAAACUGUACAUAUUGACUCCCUAUAGGGGCUUUCUGCACAUGCAUGAGGCGUUAUUUGUAGUUUUGCUUUAAGAGCCUGCCCAAUUUAAUGCAAUAAAUAAUGAGAACCAACAAUGCUUUUAUGCUUUUAUUGUACCAAAUGUUCAGCAGUGUAGUUAGAUCUGGACCCAUUUACUCAAAUUGAGUCAGUUCCUAUUUAUGAGUGAAAAGUCUGAAUGUACAUUUUAGUUUCGUGUUUUACAUGAAAAAUGAAAGACGAACUGGAAAGUCAUAAUUAUUAGAAAAACUAUGGUACAAUAUAGGAAAUUGGAAGUGCUUUUUAAAUAAAAAAUAAUGUCUAUUAAUAUAUAUGUAUGCCAUGAGUAGUAUGGGAUAGGGUGAAUAGAAAAAAACCAUGAUCCUUGUAGAUAUUUCCUGAGGUACUUGUUGGUUCUGGCACCAAUAAUUUUGCUUUUCUACUUUCACCAGAGGCUAUCCUUUGGUGCUUAUUGCUUAUUACUAAGUGUUUAUUGCUGGUAAAGUAUUUCUCAUUGUAAAAUGAUAUUACCCCUAUAGCUUAUCAAUUAUUUUAAACUUUUAUCAUUUAAUUUGUUCACAUUAUCUUGGAAUUAUAAUAAUUAUACAAUAUUUUUUUUGCAACCCAUAAUAUUUUUUUGCAACCCAUUAUAUUGAUUGAAUUUGAAUCAAGAAAUUGAUUGCUUUUAUGAGAAAGUUUGCUUUGUGGUAUAAUCUUUUCUCCUUUCCAUAUCUAGUUUGACUCACCUUCACCAAUUAUAAUUAUGUGCCAUGUUUCAGCUGCAUGUGCUAUGCCAUAUAUAUAGACUUGCACUUGUUACAAUAAUCAGAGUCUUCAAUUCUAAUGUAAUAUGAUUAUAAGUAUUUGUGCAUGUUUGAGGCACAUUCUCCCCAAGUAUGCCAAUGAGAAUGUCUCACUAGUUUCUUGGUUUA